AUGAAGGAGCUAAGGUGUCUAAACUGCGAUGAGUCGUUUGAGCGUGAACAAGGACAUCGCUGCUUAAAGAGCCGUUGGAUGCUGGAACCUGGUGAUGCAAACACAAUAUUGCAGGAUAUUGACGAUGAACUAGGUCUUGAUGAAAAUGAGUUUAUCUCUUUGGAUACCGAGCAAUUACCUGAAUUAUUAUCGGUCUGCGCUGAAAUAUUCAAUAGAAAUCAAGAACCGUACACAGAUUCCAGUUUAUAUCAACAAGUGACUCUUGGGGCUGAUCAACAUAGUCUUUCAAGCACGGUGUCAUUUUCCGAAAAAUCUGAGGCUUCUGAGAAAAGCUUCAGAAGUGACGACAAUGCAGUUCCCGGUCCUUCCCGAUUGCCCUUCAAUGACAGCAAUGGAAGUGUGUGUCAGGAAGAAUUUCAACCCAAACUAUUGAAAGCAGAGCCUGCUCGUGAAAAAGUGUUCACUUGCAACGAUUGCAAAAAGGUAUUCAAACGAAAAGACAGAUUGAGAAAGCAUUUGCUAAUCCAUUCGGGAGAAAAAAAACACAGAUGUAACGUUUGUGGAGAAUCGUUUCUGCGACAGCCUGAUUUAAAGAAGCACACAAGGAUUCAUACAGGAGAGAAACCGUUUUCUUGUUUGGAUUGCGGGAAGCGAUUCAAAAGAAGACAUCAUUUAAUGAGACACUCACUGGUUCAUACAGGUAAGAAACCGUUCACAUGCGAUGUUUGCGAUAAAAGCUUUACACAAAAAAGUAAUUUGAAGAAUCAUAUGAAUAUUCACAGAGAACGCAUCAUAAGUGACGACAAUGCAGUUCCCGGUCCUUCCCGAUUGCCCUUCAAUGACAGCAAUUUAAGUGUGUGUCAGGAAGACGUUCAACCCAAACUAUUGAAAUCAGAGCCUGCUCAUGAAAAAGUGUUCACUUGCAACGAUUGCAAAAAGGUAUUCAAACGAAAAGACAGUUUGAGAAAGCAUUUGCUAAUCCAUUCGGGAGAAAAAAAACACAGAUGUAACGUUUGUGAAAAAACGUUUCUGCGACAGGCUCAUUUAAAGAUGCACACAAGGAUUCAUACAGGAGAGAGACCGUUUUCUUGUUUGGAUUGCGGGAAACGAUUCAAAGGAAACCAUCAUUUACAGAGACACUCACUGGUUCAUACAGGUGAGAAGCCGUUCAAAUGCGAUGUUUGCGAUAAAAGCUAUAGACGAAAAAGUAAAUUGAAGAUUCAUAUGAAUAUUCACAGAGAACUCACCAUAAGUGACGUCCAUGCAGUUCCUGGUCCUUCCCGUUUGCCCUUCAAUGACAGCAAUGGAAGUGUGUGUCAGGAAGAAUUUCAACCCACACUAUUGAAAGCAGAGCCUGCUCAUGAAAAAGUGUUCAUUUGCAACGAUUGCCAAAAAGUAUACAAAGAUGAAUAUGAUUUAAAAAGUCAUAUGCUAAUCCAUGGGGGAGAAAAAAAACACAAAUGUGACGUUUGUGAAAAAUCCUUUCUGCGACAACUGGAUUUAAAGAAGCACACGAGGAUUUGUGGUAAAUAA